UAUACAGACGUUAGCAUCCGAACAACUACGUUUGUAUUCUUUAAUAUUGCAAUUCAAUACAGUAUUCAAUACAGAAUUUUUAUUUUUUUUGCAAUGGCUCUUUCGAACAAGAAGUUUGCAACAGUUGGGCGAAAGAAGGCACCAGAGACAAAAACACAGAAGGCUGUAUCUCUUAAAAAGGAUGAGGAUGACAGUGCAGAAAGGACGGACGGAUGGAAGAUUACAAAGUUGACGGAUCCACUCGAGAUCAAGGAGAAGGAACAGAAGGAGGAGAUAACACGGAUCUUGACGACAAAAAACCCCCAUGCACCCGACAAUAUUGUCCACUACAGCUUCAAGGAAGGAGCCUUCAAGCCUGUUACUGUGGAUCACAUGGCCCUGCACUUUGUCAUGGAAGGCAAUUUGGUGGACAAGAACUGGGAGAGUGAAGCUCAGAGACGGACGUUUCUACCUGCAGAGAGUGAGUCAACUGAUGAAGAGGACGAUGAAGAGAAAGCCAAAACACCAGCGACUCCUGAGGAUGGUGAUGAGGCAGAGGAAGGAGGAGAAGAGGAGCGACCGGACAGUGUGGACUCGAAAUCGGUCAAAGGGCCUAAACUCAAAAUAACUCUCAUUGAAAGAGCUACUCAAGUCCAGCAUUACCCUCUGAGAGACAAGAGCUGCCAGAAAGAGCCUCCUCUCUUCUGCAACUUCUCUGCGACAGCCAAUCAGUGGGAGAUUCACGAUGCCUAUACAGAGGAGCUGCAGAAGCUGGAGAAAAACAAACACCGAGCAGUUUCAGGGGCCAAAGACGGUGACAGCACAGCGAAAAAGGGAAAUGACAUCAGCAGAGUGGCCAGGGUCGCUAAGAUCAUCGAGCGCAUGCUUCAUCAGAACAUGUUUGAUGACAUCGCUCAAGAUUUCAAAUACUUUGAGGAUGCCUCGGACGAGUUCAGGGGUCAGGAGGGAACUCUGCUCCCCUUGUGGAAGUUCCAUUACAGUAAAGCGAAACGACUGUCUGUCACCGCCCUCUGCUGGAAUAAGAAAUAUCAAGACCUCUUCGGGGUAGGGAUGGGACCAGAUGACUUAAGUAAACAGCAGAAUGGCAUGAUGGUCUUCUACACCCUGAAGAACUCAACCUUCCCCGAGUAUAUCUACCCAACCCGUUCAAGUGUCCUGUGCCUGGACAUCCACGCGCAGCAGUCUCACCUGGUGGUGGUGGGUCUGUACGACGGCUGCGUGGCCGUCUAUAACCUGAGGAAGAAGGGACUGGAGCCAGUGUAUGAGAGCACUGCUGAGACAGGCAAGCACACGGAUCCAGUGUGGCAGGUCCGCUGGCAGGAUGACGACAUGGCGCACAACCCGAACUUCUGUUCCUUAUCAGCUGAUGGCAGAGUCGUGUCCUGGACCCUCGUGAAAAACGAGCUGGUCCACAGGGACAUUAUUCUUCUGUCAGUCAACGGCGCUUUUGCGAAAGGGCCAGAGGAAGCUCAGCAGCUCAGCCAUGUUUGCGGUACAUCGUUUGACUUUCAUAAACAAACUCAGUAUCUCUACCUUGUUGGGACUGAGGAGGGAAAGAUACACAAGUGCUCCAAGAUGUAUUCAAGCCAGUUCCUGGAGACGUAUAACGCCCACAGUAUGCCGGUUGAAGCAGUGAAGUGGAACUACUUCCACCUAAAGAUUUUCAUCUCCUGCAGUUCGGACUGGACUGUCAAGAUCUGGGACCACAGUAUCACAUCUCCAAUGUUCACCUAUGACCUCGGCACAGCUGUGUCAGAUGUUGCCUGGGCUCCAUACUCGUCCACUGUCUUUGCUGCCAUCACAGUAGAUGGAAAGGUUCAUGUCUUCGACCUCAACGUCAAUAAAUACGAGCCAAUCUGCCAGCAACAAGUGGUGGCCAAAAGGACCAAGCUGACCCGCGUCGAGUUCAAUCCCAUAGAGCCCAUCCUCAUCGUCGGAGAUGACCGAGGCUUCGUGACCAGCCUCAAACUGUCUCCGAAUCUACGCAAGGCCACAAAGGGAGAAAAGGGCCAAGAGUUGCCCAAAGGCCCGGAGGCAGAGGUGGCCAAGCUGGAGAAGUUGCUCAGCUCCCUGAGGGAUCACGCCAGCAAAGCCACUGAAUGUCAUCGCUGUCUUUCAUUUGAUGGUGGCCCCUCACAACCGUGACAGUUUCUAAUGUGGCCCUUUAGGACAUUUAAUUGCCCACCUCUGUUGUCGACGCUGCAUUAGCACCAUCAGUGUGAUCGAGGGUCGUCCUGGGGUGUGGAGCUGGGAAGAUGAGUUGGAUGUCAGGGAUUUCAUCUGGAUCCAGCUGCACUUUCUUCUGCUGCGUCUGUGAGCGGAGGUCUCUAUGUGAUGCAGGCUAGCAAUUUAGAUCCAUUUGUUUCCUGAGAGAAGGUGUGCUUGUUAUGUGUAUUUAUGAGGAAGCAAUGCUCUUUUACAUGUAUAAAUAUUUAGAGAACCAGCCUCGAUGAGAUGAGGAUAGUGGCUCCAGAGGCCUAUGAAAGGCAGGAAGUCACAAAUUAUUCAGACAUUUUGACAUUUGAAGAAAACGAGUGGGGUUCUACUCCUCAUAAAAUUGUAAAUGUACCGCUUGUAUCUACGUAUUACACUGAUGGGUUUGGUCUUUUCAGACAAAAAAAAGGGGAGUAGCUUUGGAACUGUGGGGAAC